CCUCGAUGGAUGCCGUUAUUUCACCGUCUCGAGACCCAAGGGCAUUAUCGACCAAUCGCACAUUUCGUGAUCCGCAAUUAACGAAGGGCCUCUCCACACAUAAAUUUCACGGCCAUCACCUAAACUCACUCACUCACAGCCAGCCAUUAACGCAACCCUACUCAUUUUUCUUGUCGAGCAAUUCAUCGCCAUCAACCCAAAGAAGAAGCCAUGGCCAGGAAAUUCUUCGUCGGCGGCAACUGGAAAUGCAAUGGAACCUCAGAAGAGAUAAAGAAGAUUGUAUCAACACUCAAUGCUGCUGAUGUGCCAUCUGAAGAUGUUGUUGAAGUUGUUGUCAGCCCUCCGUUUGUGUUUCUCCCCAUUGUAAAGAGUUCUCUGCGGCCGGAUUUCCAUGUUGCAGCUCAAAAUUGUUGGGUUAAGAAAGGGGGUGCUUUCACUGGUGAGAUUAGUGCUGAGAUGCUUGUCAAUCUGGACAUACCUUGGGUAAUUCUUGGUCACUCUGAACGUAGAGCUUUGUUGGGUGAAACAAGUGAGUUUGUUGGAGAUAAAGUUGCAUAUGCCCUUGCUCAAGGUCUGAAGGUAAUUGCUUGCAUUGGCGAGACUCUUGAACAGAGAGAAGCAGGAUCUACUUUGGAUGUUGUUGCUGCACAAACUAAGGCCAUAGCAGAGCGUAUUUCUGAUUGGACAAAUGUUGUCCUGGCUUACGAGCCUGUUUGGGCUAUUGGAACCGGUAAGGUGGCCACUCCUGCACAAGCUCAAGAAGUGCACCACGAAUUGAGGAAGUGGCUUCAGACAAAUAUCAGCCCUGAAGUUGCUGCUUCAACCAGGAUAAUCUAUGGAGGAUCUGUGAGUGGUGGUAACUGCAAGGAACUGGCAGUGCAACCUGAUGUCGAUGGUUUUCUAGUCGGGGGUGCUUCUCUGAAGCCGGAGUUCAUCGACAUCAUAAAGUCCGGCGAGAUGAAGAAAAGUGCUUGAGUUUAGUCAAGCCUUGUGUAGCCACAUUUUGAAGCGGUUUUAGAGAUGUAAUAAUACUUACGAAUUAUUGUCAUCCCAUUUGUUGGGGUUCUUUGUUGCACCUUUUGAGUUUUGUUUGUCUCGAUCCUCUUGCCUGUGUUGAGGCAUACAUUUGUUUUAACCCUUGUGGUAUGGUUUUACUGUGACCUGAAUAAAUUUGUCACACCUUGUGUUGUGGUUUUACCGUGACCUUGAUAGUGUGAUUUGCACUUACUGUGAUGUUCUGUUGAAAAUUUUUUGCCUUUACUUUGCAAUUACCCUGUGAUUUGUUUGGAAAGAGCACAUACAUGAGUGAUCAAGGGCGAUUGGAUACAAAUUAUUUGUAGUUUUGUUAUGUUGGAUAAAUUAUUUUUAAUGGAACUACAUUUUCAUAUAA